AAAUUUUUUUCUUAUUGUCUUCUCAAAAAAAAGAUUAACAUUUUUUAUGUUCUGAAAAUUACCGAGACGUGUCGAGCCUUUCACUGAUGAUGUAGGACUUUCGUGUGUUUACCAUGGUGUUUGUAAGCUUUCUCUUCAAUCGCUUGUUGAGAAUUGUCCGGAGAAUUGUCUCUACGUGCUCUUGCCUGCUGAUAAAUAACGCGACUAACUCGCGUCUCGCAAAGCGAGACAAUAUCGCGUUUGACCAGCGAAUUCCUCGUGCGCGUUCGUCGGUGUCUCUCCAUCAAUUAAGCACAAUUGAACAACAACUGUUCCAAUCUCUUCCCUCGUCCGCACGGCUUUCGGUUCAUCGCGCAUUUCUUUCAUCUCUGUUCUUUGUGCUGUGGCCACGUGACUUGCUCGGGAUAGAUCAAUAUUGUUCGUGGAUGUCUGAGCGAACGGUCGAUCGGGACAAUCAUCAGCUCGUUCUCUAGCAGCGCGAGUAUAAUUGAUCUUGAAAUUGAGAUUUUUCCCGUUGGGAACAAUGGAUCGCGAGAUCUAUGGACGUAGGGAGAGUAUUGUAGGGCGGAGAAAAAGAAGAAAAAUGAAAUAUUGUAUAGCCAACGCUAGAACGAUUGAGACACUUCGCGCACGAGAAACUUCAGAGAUAGAAACUGAACCAGAUACUCAGACCAAUAAGGAAACAGUUUCCAAAUGCUCGUUUUCGUCAGUCGAGAAUUCAAAUCCACAAAGUCAUCGCACUAUAACAGACACGAAAAAGGUUCUUAUCUCCUUCGGUCAGGCUGUCGCGUCUUGGAAGCGAGCAGAAGAUUAUAAUGUCGAAGUUACAAAAUCCAAUUUUGCACAUGUUCCCAACGACGCUAGGUAUAUGUACGAAAUUCUAUCUAAACAAGGACGUUUGCUUACAUUCGUAUGCUAUACUAUGGGCACCAAGUUACUCAAAUUAUGGUCAACGGCGAACAAUAACGUCACUGAGUUACGUUACGUGAGAAAUGUGCGUACCGUGUCUCAGACGAACUUCCGUACAGUCGGUCGCAUCAUUACAAAGAAGGAAUCGACGAACACGGUGUUACUAGAGGGAUGCACAAGACGAAACGGUGUUUCGGCAGCUGAUACGAUUGAGCUCGAUUUCCGCAAUCUGAAACAGUACUCAGUGUUCUCUGGUCAGAUUGUCGCAGUCGAGGCUACCAAUCCAGUGGGUGACACGUUAUAUGUAAAGGAGAUUUUCGCAAAGGGAUAUGUACCAUUUGCACCCACGCCUACAAUUCAAUCGAGAAUCAACAUCUUCGUUGCAGCAGGUCCGUUUACUGUAUCCAACAAUAUGCAUUAUGCACCAUUGUGGACUUUGAUGGAGAAAGUUGCAGCGGAUGAACCGCAUGUUUUAAUACUCAUUGGACCUUUCCUUGAAUAUACUCACCCCGAAAUACAGGAUAAUCUCAUUAAAGAUACGUAUCAAGAAGCUUUCGAAAAGAUUCUCAUUAGAAUAAUGGAGACUGUAAGAAACAAUACAUAUGUCGUGAUAGUAGCUUCUAAUCGCGACGCACAUCACGAGCCUGUAUUUCCAACUCCUUCCUACUCAGUCUUUAAUCGAAAGUUGUUACAAAAUUAUCAAAACUUGAAACUCAUGCCGGAUCCUUGUAUAUUGGAUGUCGCAGAUUUAAAGAUUGGCGUUACGUCAAUCGAUGUCAUUAAACACAUCAGCAAAGAAGAAGUAUCAAAUAUAUCGGGUAUGGAUAGGCUCAGUCGUCUGGCUGAUCACGUGCUUGCGCAAAAUUGUUUCUAUCCCGUAUAUCCUCCGUCCGAGGAUCUAAACGUUGACACAGAAUUGUGGGAAUCGUAUACGUUUUUCGAUCAACAGCCACACUUGUUAAUUUUACCUUCUGACAUGCGAUGUUAUUGCAAAAUAAUUAAUGAAUGCGUGACAUUGAAUCCGGAGCGCAUGCACAAACAUACUUAUGCCAGAUUGAGCGUAAAACCGUCUCUCAAUGGUAUUUGGAGUUCUGAUAAUAUCACAUGCGAGAUUGCCAAAGUCUGAUUAUUUUCUCAAAUACAUACACUCCAAAAACAAUGGUACAUUGAAAGAAUAUUUCUUAAUUGAAAAAUUUGCGUUAUGUUACGAAAAAGCACGAAUUAAUUCCUUCAAGAAUUUUGAAAGAGUAUGAGAAAGAAAAAUAUUUAAAAUGAAUUUUUCCCAAUAAGCUUUAACGUGCCUUCAACUCUUGUUAAAUUUAACAGUUAUAGCAAAAUAGAAAAAAAAUCUUGAAUUGUUAAGUAAAAUGUUUGAUAUUACGUGUGGUGUGUAUAAGAGAAACUUAUAUGUAUAUGUAUACCUCUAAUAUGUAUAGUUUUUGUAUAUGACUGCUAUAUAAU